AUGGACGGGGGGGAGUUCGAGCAGGGCCGCAUUCGUGAGCUGCAGGAGCAGCGCAUGGCCGUGCAGAAGAAGACCUUCACCAAGUGGAUGAACAACGUCUUCGCCAAGAGCGGGGAAAAAGUGGUGCUGAAGGACGUCUACACAGAGCUGAAGAACGGGAUCUACCUGGUCCGGCUGCUGGAGCUGAUCUCUGAUACCAAGCUGCCCACCCCGAGCCGGCGGACCCUCCGAGUGCACUGCCUGGAGAACAAUAGCAUUGCCAUCAACUUCCUCAAGACCAAGAUCCGGGUCGAUCUGAUUGGCCCGGAGAACAUCGUCGAUGGAGACAGAACUCUCAUCCUGGGCCUCCUCUGGAUCAUUAUCUUGCGCUUCCAGAUCGGAUUCAUCAACAUCGAUGAGACUGAUGGAGGUGCCAGCGCUGCCCGCCGCUCCGCCAAGGAGGCUCUGCUCAUCUGGUGCCAGCGCAAGACAGCCGGGUAUGCCAACGUCAACGUGCAGGAUUUCUCCAGCAGCUGGAGGGAUGGCCUGGCAUUUAACGCCCUCAUCCACGCCCACCGGCCUGACCUGUUAAACUACAGCCGCCUGAAUCCGAACGAGCCCCUCAGGAACCUGGAGAACGCCUUCUCCGUGGCCGAGACCCAGCUGGGCAUCCUGCGGCUGCUGGACAUCGAGGACGUGGCCGUGCCGCACCCCGACGAGAAGUCCAUCAUGACCUACGUGUCCCUGUACUACCACUACUUCUCCCGCCUCAAGCAGGGGCAGACCGUGCAGAAGAGGAUCGCCAAGAUCGUGGGCCUCCUGAAGGAGCUGGAUGACCUCACAGUGCAGUACGAGAGGAUGGUGUCCGAUUUGCUCCACUGGAUCAAGUCCAAGGUGGUGGAGCUCAACGACCGCCUCUUCCCCAACUCCCUGCAAGACAUGCAGCGGCUGAUGGCGGCCUUCAAGACAUACCGCACGGUGGAGAAGCCGCCAAAGUACCAGGAGCGGGGGGCCAUCGAGGCCCACCUCUUCAACCUACGCACCAAGCUGCGGGCCAACAACCAGCACGCGUACGUCCCCCCGGAGGGCCGGACCCUGGGCGACGUGGAGAAGCACUGGGCCCUGCUGGAGCGGGCGGAGGCCGAGCGCGAGCGCGCCCUGCAGGGGGCGCUGCUGAGGCUGGAGCGCCUGGAGCAGCUGGCGCAGAAGUUCGGGCGCAAGGCAACGCUGCGGGAGGCCUACCUGGAAGACACCCUGCAGCUGCUCCAGCGCCAGGACUUCCGCGGCAUGUCUCGCCUGGAGGAGGUGCAGGCCGCCGCCCGCAGGCUGGAGGCCCUCAGCACUGACGUGCACGCCCGCGAGCCCCGUUUCCGCGCCCUCAGGGACAUGGCCGCCAUCAUAGAGAAGGAGAACUACCACAGCAAGGCCCAGGUGGUCCGGAGGCAGGAGAUCAUCACGGAGCGCUGGAAAGAUCUGCUCCAACAGCUGCAGCGCCACCGUGACUUCCUGGGGGGUGCUGUCAACACCCUGGGUGUUCUGAGGGACGUUGAGCUGGUCUCCCAGGACCUGGCGGAGCUACAGGUGCUGGCAGCUUGUAAGGAUCUUGGAAAGCAGCUCCCAGACGUGGUAUCUCUGCUGCAGAAACAGGACCUCCUGGACGCUCAGAUCUCCUCCCACGGAGAGACUGUGAGCGCCCUGAGCAAAAGCACCAUGGCCGGCCAGCACAGCGACCGCCAGCAGGUCCAGAGCCGUGUCAGAGCGCUCAGCACCCAGUACAGCUCCCUGGUGGCCCAGAGUAAAACCAGGAGACAGGCAUUGCAGGAGCAGCUGAAGCUCUUUGAGUUUUUCCGUGACUGUGAGGAGGUGGAGUCCUGGAUCUAUGAGAAGUGGCAGCUGCUGAGAACAGCCAACCUGGGCCGAGACCUCAACCAGAUCCAGCUGGCCAUGCAGAAGCAUAAGGCCGUGGAAGCAGAGGUGCAGUCCCAUGAGUCUCUGUGCUCGGCCGUAGUGGGAAGGGGUCGUGACCUCUGCAGCAGGAGGCACCCCAGUGAGAAGGACAUACAGAAGUGGGUGCGGACCCUGCAGAGGCAGUGGCAGCACCUGGCGGACGAAGUGGCCAAUCGCAGGACCAGGCUGCACGCAGGCAGCGUCAUCAAACAGUACUUUGCGGAUGUGGCGGAAGCAGAGUCUUGGCUUAGUGACCGCAGGCCUCUGCUCGCCAGCGAGGAUUAUGGGAAGGAUGAGUCCAGCGCGGAGGCCCUGCUGCAGCGCCACUUGCGGUUGGAGAGGGAGAUCGAGGCGUACCGCUCCGAGGUGCAGCGUCUGGGGGAGCAAGCCAAGAAUGCCGCCCUUCAGGCACCUCUCACGGCUGAGCCCCAGGAGAACACAAAGGCGCGGGACAGUGGCUCCUCAGGAGAGGAAGAGGAAGGGGGGAAGGAGAGGGGAAGGGUGGCCACGCCAAGAACAGGAAAGGCGACUCCGCUGCCCCGGACUCAGGAACCGAGUCCCACCGCCCAGGGCAAGAUCAGGUUCAAGUACAGAGGUGAGAAGGUGACCAUGGACCGCGGGGAGAUGGUGAGACUUCUCAGUAAGGAGCAGGGCGAUAAGUGGCUGGUUAGGGACAGCAAAGGCAUCGAACAGCUGGUGCCCGCCACCUACAUCACAGAGCUCCCCACCAAGGUGGAGUCUCCGCCCCAGCCUGUCCUGAAUAACGGCACGCUGCAGAGCCCCACCCACAAGGUGAGCCGGCCGCGGCGUAGCCGCUCCAUGCGGCGCGGCACCACGGAGAUCCCGUCCAGCGCACUGCCCGACCCGCACUUCCAGCAGGACACCAUCCUAAGCACACAGAGAGACCUGGACAGCGAGUUCAGCCGCCUGCUCAGCCUGGCGCAGGCCAGAAAGAAAGCCCUGGAAGAGGGAUUUAGGCUGUACCGCUUCUAUAACACCUGCCAGGAGUUUGAGUCUUGGAUGGAAGACAAGGAGAAUGUCCUGAAUGCCUUCAGGCCCAGCUCAGAGAACGUGGAGGUGAUGCAAGCAAAGUACGAGAACUUCCUGACAGAACUAGCAAGUGGGAAGGGACAGCUUGAUGACAUCAGACGGCUGGGGGCAGAGCUGGUAAAGAGCGGGCACAGCAAACAGAGAGAGAUCCGUGCUAAACAGGAGCAGGUCAACCACAGGUGGGAGCAUCUGCAGGGUCUUAAGGAUGAGAAAGCCCACGAGCUCCUGGGCACCGCGGAUGUCAGGUCCUUCCUGCAAGACUGCCAGGAUGCCAGGGCACAGCUGGAGGACAAGAUGGCCCAGCUGGGCACUGCGGAGGUGGGCAGCAGUGCGGCCGCCCUGCAGGCUGAGGAGCGUGGGCAGGCUCAGGCCGAGAGGGAGAUCCAGGCCCUGGAGCGAAAGAUAGAGUAUCUGAAGAGCAUUGCCAAAAUGAAGCAGGACCUGAGCCCGGCGGAGAGCGCGGCGAUCAUGGAGGAGGUGCGGGGCCUGGAGCGCAUGCUGCAGGCAGUGCGCGGGCGGGCGGAGCAGAGGCGGGCCCUCCUGGAGGAGGCGCGGCGGCGGCAGCUCUUCCAGCAGGAGACGCGGGACCUGCUGCUGUGGGCGGGUGUGGCCCGGGAGAGGCUGACAGAGGACGAGACCGCCUCCGACGUGGCCUCCGCUCAGGUGCUGCUGAAGGAGAACCAGGACCUGUGGCAGGAGAUCGAGGACCAGAGGGGCAGGUGAGACGUGAGCAACAGUUUGUGUCUUUUUAGGGUGAAGACUAUGGAGAAGCUGGGGCAGUCGCUGUCCAGCUCAUCACCUAGCAACAGAGGUGAGGUACAACAGACGCUCCACAAGAUGAACCAAGAGUGGGCGGAGCUCGACAAGCUGUGGGCCAAUCGGAGGAAACGGCUCGAGGAAAGUUUGGAAUUGCAGAAGUUCAACCGAGAAGCGGACCGGAUCGACGCGGCGCUGUCCAGUCACGAAGCCCGGCUGAAAGUAAAAGAUCUUGGGGACUCCGUGGACAGCGUGCACAGCCUGCUGGGAAGGCAGGAGGAAGUGGAAGGGCUGCUGAAGGCGCUUGACCAGAGAGUGCGCCUCCUGCAGGACAAGAGCAGCGAUCUCACCCGCAAGCGCCACCCUGCCUGCAAACAGAUCCAGCAGAGGGCGCUGGCUGUCCAAGAGCGCAGCAGAAAGCUGACAGAGAGCAGUGACAAGAGGAGGAAGCUGCUGCUGGCGUCGAAGAAGUAUCAGGAGUUCCACCGUGAUGCAGAGGAGAUGCUCCUGUGGAUGGACGAGAAGUUUGAGAUUGCGCAAGAUGAAUCGUACCGCGACCCCACCAACGUCCUUCGCAAACUGAAGAGGCACGAGGCGGCGGAGCGGGAGAUGCAAGCCAACCAAGUGCGGCUGGACCGCCUCAGAGAGAUGGGGGAGGAGAUGCUGGCAGAGGGGCACUACAACCGCCAAGUCGUCCGGGAAGAGUCCGCGCAGGUGUGCAAAAGGUGGGCGGAGCUGCAGAGGAAGAUGACUGAGAGAGGGGACAAGCUGCGGCAGGCGGGCCAGCAGGAGCAGCUGAUGGAGCUGCUGCAGGACUCCAAGCUGAAGAUGGAGGCGAUCCAGAGGAUGCUGCGGGAUGCUGGGAAGGGUCACAACCUGCAGUCCAGCCGGCAGCUGCUGAAGGAGCACCAGCAGCUGGAGCAGGAGGCCCGGGAACUGGCCGACAAGAUGAAUGCCAUCGUCACGCGCGCCAAACAUGUGGCCACCAACCACUUCGACUCCCAGAGGAUACUGCGGGAGACAGAGAAGUACCUGAAGCUGUUUGAGUCUCUACAGCGCCCCCUGGAUCGGCGCAGGGCCCAGCUGGAGGCUUCCGUCGCUUUGUACGGGUUCUACCACGAUGUGGAUCUGGAGCUCAGCUGGAUAUCAGAGCGCCGCCCGCUGGCGAACUCCACUAACUACGGCAAGUCAAUGGCCAGUGGCAUCAACCUGCUCCAGAAGCACAAGGAGUUGCAGGCAGAGGUCAAUGCCCACCGAAAGCAUCUGCAGCGUGUGCUGGAGAAGGGGAGGGUCAUGGGAAACUCCAUGCAAGGCCACAGGGAAGAAGUACUGGAGAGAUGCAGUCACCUGACUCUUGAGUGGGAGGAGCUAGAGGGCGUAUGUGAGGAAAGGGCAGCCAAUCUCAAUAGGGCUGUCACUCGAGAACAGAUCUUGCUGGAUGCUACAGAGUUGGAGACUCGUCUGUCAGAGCUGCUGCCAUUGGUCAGCAGCGAAGACUACGGCAAGAACGAGCCAACCACCAUCAUCCUCAUGAAGAAACACCAGGUGCUGGAGGGGCAGAUGGAGGUGCUGGCUGCUCAGGUGGAGGACCUUAGGAGCAGCGUGGAGGCGGCAGCCAGAGCGUGGCGUAAGGAUGAAGUGGACUGGCCCCAUGAACGCAUCAGCAGCCAGCUCAGUAAACUGCAGCAUUCAGCCACACUGAGGGCCCAGCGGCUGAAGGAGGCCCUGUGUCUGCAUGAGUUCAGCAGAGAGUCCUCAGAGCUGAGGGAAUGGAUCACUCAGAAGACUCAGGUCGCUGCCUCUGAGGAUUAUGGGAAUGACCAUGAACAUGUGCUGCACCUGCAGGGGACAUUCGAGGCAUUCCUCAGACAGCUGGAGGGGGGAGCGGAGAGACUGCACAGCUGCCAGGAGCUUGCUGAUUCGCUCAUUCUACGCGGACACGCCCAGGCUCGGUUCAUCCAGGAAACGCAGGAUGAGCUCAGGGUGUCCUGGGCUGAGAUGCAGGACCUAGCCAGAGAGCGCGAGGAGAGGCUUCAGAAAGCUGUGGAGUAUCACAGGAUCUACCGAGACCUGACCGAGGCCCUGGGACACAUUGAGGAGAGGUACAAGAGCAUUCCUGAUGACAUCGCUAAGGACCUGCAGGGGGUGCUGUCUCAGCUGCGUAAACAUGAGGCUCUGGAGCAUGAGCUGGCAGGCAAUGAGCAGCAGCUCCAGGAGAUGCUGGAUGCGGCCGAUGCUGUGCUGGAGCUGUGCUCCCCGGGACAGAAGGAGCUGCUCCAGGACCGCCAGCAGGAGGUGGUGGAGAGCUGGGAGAGGCUGCGAGCGCGUGUGGAGCAGAGAGGGGAUGACCUGGAGCAAGCGCGCAAACGCUACCUCUUCCUCAACACCGUGCAGGACUACUCCUUGUGGUGCGCUCAGGUCCUGGGGGGCAUGAGGGCGGAGGAGUCCAUUCGUGACGUGUCCACCAGCGACCUGCACCUGGCCCAGCACCAGCAGCUGCGGGCUGAGAUCGCCACUCGCGAAGAGGCCUUCGAGCAGGCGGUGGCCAUGGGCCACGAGCUUCUGCAGGAGAACAGCCCUCACAGCAGGGAGGUCCAGGACAGGUUGGAGGCGCUGCAGGAGGAGAGGGACUCGCUGUACGCUCACUGGGAGCAGAAGCAGCAGUGGCUGCAGGUGACUCACCUGGAGCAGGUGUUCUACAGAGACGCAGGACACAUGGAGAAGAUCACCAGCUCACAGGAGAUUCUCCUGAAGAGCAGCGAUCUCGGUGCCUCAGUGGACGAGACUGAAGUGCUCAUUAAGAGGCAUGAGGCCUUUGAGAAGCUGCUCCAUUCCCAGGAUGAAAAGGUGGUGGCUCUGCAGGAGCUGGCUGAGAGGCUCCAGAAGGAGGGCAUAAAGAGGGACAGAGCUGGCCAGGUCCAGAGCAAGCUCCGGGCUCUGCUGGACAGGAGGAGCCGCAUCAAAGAGCUCUCCGCUAAACGCACGGAGGAGCUUGCCAUAUCCAGACUGCUGUGCGUCUUCAACCGCGACGCGGCAGAGGCGGAGGAGUGGGUUUCAGAGAGGAUGCACAAGAUGCAGGAGGACUCCAAGAAGGACCUGAGUGACCUUCAGGUGAAGAUGAAGCUGCUUCAGAAACACCAGGUCUUUGAGGCGGAGAUACUGGCCCACAACGAGAUCAUUGACUCUGUACAGCAGGCGGGGGCGGAGCUUGUGUCACUGCGACACCCCAAGUCCCAGGAGGUGCGUAGGAGUGUCACAGCUCUGAAGGACCACUGGGAGGCACUGAAGAGGGCAGUCGCAGCCAGGGGGAAAAUGCUAGAAGACAACAGAGACUUCCUGGAGUUCCUUCAGAGGGUGGAGCAGGUGGAGGCCUGGAUCAGGCAGAAGGAAGUGAUGAUCAAUGUGGGGGAUGUUGGGGAGGACUAUGAACAUGGGCUACAGCUGCUGAAAAAGCUCAAUGAGUUCAGGGGUGCCGGCUCUGGGGAAGUGACAGUGGAUGAUGCCCACAUCAAGGCGAUCAACAACAUGGCCGCUCGGCUGGAGCGGCAGAACAGGGAGGAAGUGGCCACAGUGAAGCAGAGGAAACAGCAGCUCAAUGAGAGAUGGAACAACUUCCACGGCAACCUGAACAGUUACAGGAAGAAGCUGGAGGCGGCCCUGGGGGUCCACUCCCUCAUUCGAGACCUGGAGGAGAUCCGUGAGAGGACUGGGGAAAAGAUGCUUCUGAUGCGUGGCCCAGACUGCGGCCAGGACGUGGAGAGUGUAGAGAAUCUGAUGCGUCGACACGAAGAGACAGAGCGUGAGGUCAGGGUCAUCCAGGAGAGGGCAACGGCCGUGGAAAAAGAGGCCAGGAUGCGAGUGAGGAGCAUAUCAGCGAUGGCAGAGAAGCUCGCCAAGAAACAGCAGGAAGUGCGAACUGCCUUGGUGAACCUGGAGAAGGAAGUCAGCCUCAGGAAGGAGAGACUGCAAGCAGCACAUCAGCUGCAGCUGUUCAAAGCUGACCAGCGCCCUCUGCUGGACUGGGUCCUAAAGCAGAGCUCCGAGAUGGAGAAGAGUGGACUGCCCAAAAGCAAGACAGAGGCGGAGAGCUUCAUUGCUGAGCAUCAGGACAGAAAGGCAGAGAUAGAUGCCCGUGGAGAGCGUUUUGAUUCAGUGAAGAAUUUUGGGCAGAGUCUGGUGAAGUCUGGACACAGUUCAUCCCCAGAGAUCAGGAAGGCCUUGACCAGUCUGGAAGAGUCUAAGGCCAGACUUAACCAGAUUUGGCAGGAUCGAAAGCAGAGAUUGGACCAGGCACUGGAGCUCCAGAUAUUCCUCGGCUACGUGGAGCAGAGUGAGAGUUGGUUGAGCAACAAAGAAGCUUUCCUGGCCAAUGAAGACCUGGGGGGCUCCCUGUCUGAUGUGGAGGCUCUUCAGAGGAAGCAUGUCCUGUUUGAGAAGACACUGGAUGCCCAGAUGGAACAGGUGGAGGGGAUGGAACGGCUGGCCCAACAGCUGAUCCAGAAGCGUCACUUCGACUCGGACAACAUCCGCAACAAGAGCCAGGCAGUGCUUCUCAGAAAAAGGAAGUUAAUAGAGAAGAGUGAAGCUCGCAGGAAGAAGCUAGAAGAGUCUCUGCAGCUUCAGAAGUUCCUGGGCAGCAGCCAUGAGGUGUGCUCCUGGCUGAGCGAGAAGAACACUGUGGCCCUAGACGAGAGCUGGAGGGAUCCCACCAACCUCCAGGCCAAGCUGCUGAAGCACCAGAGCUUUGAAGCUGAGAUCCUGGCCAAUCGGAACCGCGUGGGGACUCUGACGAAGGAAGGGGAGAAGAUGCUGUCUGCUGGACACUUUGCUCCUGGUAAGAUCAACACCCGACUGAAGGAGAUGAAAGGCAGCUGGGAGCUGCUUCUGAGCAACUGCAAAGAGAAGAAGUCACGUCUGCAGCAAGCCUAUCAAGCCUUACAGUUCCAGCGCUCAUUGGAGGACAUUGAGGACUGGCUUGUUUCCGUGGAGACAGAGGCCGCUAACGAGGACUGCGGCACAGACCUGGCGUCCGUGUCGCAGCUGCUGAAGGCCCUGCAGGAGCUGGAGGAGGCCGUGGAGGCCCACCUGGACCGCAUCCAGGGGCUGGUGGACAUGGCCAAGGAGUUCCGCAGCCAGGGCAAUUUCCUGGCCGAGGAAAUCCAGAGGAGGGUGGGGGAGACCGUGCACAGGUAUAACAGUUUGGCAGAGCCGCUGCAGAGCCGGAGAGAGGCCUUGGAGGCUUGGCAGCUGCUGUUCCAGUUCUACCGCGACAUGGAGGACGAGCUGGUCUGGAUCCAGGACAAGCUGCCCUCGGCCUACUCCAAGGACUGGGGCUCCUCCCUGCACAGCACACAGUCACUGGUCAAAAAGCACCAGGUCCUGAUGCAGGACAUCGCCAGCCGUGCCCCUCUGGUGCAGGCGGUGCAGGAGGCAGGGCAGAGCCUGGUGAGGGGCGUCCAUUUUGCCUCUCACGAGAUCGGAGAGAGACUGGCAGAGCUGGGGAAGCUCUCUGAGAACCUUAGGACCGAGUCAGACAGGAGAGGGCGCCUGCUGCAAGAGGCUCUGAAAAUUCAGACAUACUUAGCAGAGCUGUCUGAGAUGGAGCUGUGGAUGGAAGAGAGACGCCCCAUGCUGGAGUCUUCAGAUUUUGGGAAGAGUGCAGAGUCCACUCAGGCCCUCCUGCGGAAGCUGGACACUCUGGACCUGGACUUAGAGAGUAUUAGACCCAAAAUGGAGUCACUGCAGGAGACAGGAGCUAAGCUGGAGAACUGUGGACACCCCAACAGUCAGCUGGUCAGUGAGAGCCUUGAGCCCGUGCUGGAUCAGUACCAGACUCUGCUGCAGCUCUCUGUUGACCGCAGAGCUGCUCUGGAGGAGCAGUUCCAACUGUACGUGUUCGAGAGAGAGGCCCGUGAGCUCCAGAACUGGAUCAGCACCCGCAAGUCCAUGGCGGAGUCAGAGGAGUACGGACAGGACCUGGAGGAUGUGGAGGUGUUGCAGAAAAAGUUUGAGGAUUUCCUGUCAGAAGUGCAGGGUCUCGGACAGAGCAAACUCAGCUCUGUCCUGCAGCUUGCACAGGAAGUGAAGUCAGCCGAAGGCCAGAAAAAAGAGGAGGAGCUUCACAGAUUGUGGGAGGAGUUACACCAGACCGUGGAAAGCAGAGCAGAGAACCUGCGUUCGGCACGUGAGGUGCACCAGUUUGACCACGACGUGGAUGAGCUGAAGGGCUGGAUGACUGAGAAAGAGGCUGCACUUGACUCUGAGGAUCAUGGUCAUGACCUGCUGAGCGUCCAGGCGCUGCUACGGCAACACGCCAGCCUGGAGAGAGAUUUGGCUGCCAUUGGGGAGGAGGUGUCCCGGAUUCAGGAUGAGGGCACGGCCCUCGGCCGCAGAUACGCCCAGGUGCAAGAGAGCCUGGCAGAGAGGCUGCAGGAGGUGGAGGAGACCUGGGCCAGCCUGCAGGAGAAGGCAUCCCAGCGCGGGGCAAGACUGAGCCAGGCAGAGACUGCACAGAGAUACCUCACUGAAUCCAGGGAGCUGCUGGCGUGGCUGAAGGAGACCCUAUCUCUGGUCAGAGGGGAGGGGCUAGGAGGGGAGGGUGGGGACCUGGAGCAGAUCCUCAAACGCCAUGAAGAGUACCGUCUACAGAUUGACAGGCAGCUCGACAAAUCGCAGGCUGUGAAAGAGGAGGGCCGACACCUUGUGGAAGGCGGGAAUUUCAUGAGUCAAGAGGUGGGGGAGCGGCUGGUGGAGCUGCAGGAGCUGGAGCAGCAGGUGCAGGAGAGCUGGGAGGAGCGGAGGCUGCUGUACCAGGAGGAGCUGGAGAUCCUGCAGCUGCAGAGGGAGCUGGAGCAGGCAGAGCACUGGCUCAGUAGCCACGAGACUGCGCUGAGAGCAGAGGAGUAUGGGGACUCUGUUCCAGAUGUUUUGGAGCUGAUGAAGAAGCAGGAGGAUCUGGAGGCAAUGCUGCAGGCCCAGGAGGAGAGGUUCAGUCUGCUGCAGGAGAAGAGGACCCAGAGGGAGCAGAGGCUGCAGCAGCUGCAGGGCCGGGGAGAGGGCUCACGUGACAAGCCUAUCAGAGUGCCUUCUCUCAAGAGGAACCCGUCUGACCGCCGGCCAAUAGCAUCGCCUCGUGCCCCCGCAACCAAACCCCCACCCCUGAAUUUCAGCCACAGCGGCCACCGCAGGACCAACAGCGGCAGCAGUGACAUCAUCAUCUCCCCCCUCCGACGAUCUAUAAGAUCCCCCAGGUCCCAGGGCACCACCUUCACCUCCAGGAGCCUUGCUACAACCUCCUCUCCAAUCCCCACGGACUCUGACCUCUCCCCUACCUCAAGAAGCCCCACCUCCAAAGGCCCCACCCCCAGCCCCUCCCCCAGGUCCUUAACCACCCGUAGCACCUCUCAUAGCCCAUUCUCUGCCCCCACAGAGAAGCCUGUUAUAGCUCCCAAACCCUGCCUUUCACCAACUUUCUCCUCACCUACGAACCACACAGCCCCGAGCAUUACCGCUCAUGGGCUAGCUAACCUGUCACUCAAAAGUGAACCUGGCUCCAGCCAAAGAGAUGCCACAGACCAAACCCUCCUCCCCCCAACCUCUCCAGACCCUGGUGCCACAGAAUCCAGCCCUUCACUUACAACUGAAGACGAGUUGCCUUAUUCAUCACCCGUUCAAUCCAAGCCACGCUCUCUUCACACUGCCAGGCCAAACCUGUCACUCAGGGAGAAGAGGCCAUCGCCUCCUACAACACCAACCCCAGACAUUUCAGAACCAGCCCCUCCAUCGCCUCCCACAACACCAGCCCUGGACAAAUCCAAAAGAGCCCCUCCAACAUCUCCCACAACACCGGCCCUGGAUGAAUCAGAACCCGUGCCUCCGUCACCUCCCACAACACCAGCUCCGGACAAAUCAGAAGAAGCCCCCCCAACACCUCCCACAACACCAGCCCCAGAUAUUUCAGAACCAGCCCCUCCAUUGCUUCUCACAACACCUGCCCUAGACAAAUCCAAAACAGCCCCUCCAAUGCCUCCCACAACACCGGCCCCGGAAGAAUCAGAACCAGCCCCUUCUGAGGCAUCUGAUUACUUCACCCGGCGUCCCCCCUCCAGAGAUCUCCCAGCCCCUCCUAUCCGGUUAGCCAGGAAGCAAGUGAAUCAAUCAGAGAGGUCUGAUCCCAAGGAGGGGAAAGACAGCCCUGUGCUGGAGGGAAUGCUAGAGAUUAAACUGAAACAAGGCGGGACAAAAGGUCUGGAUCACUGGGACAGUGUAUAUGCCGUCCUAGAGAGGGAGUCUCUGCACCUGUACCAGGACCAGGCUGCAGCUGCACAGGGCUGUUCUCGCUGGCCUCCCAUCAAGACAGCUGGGGCAGUGUGCAAGGAUAACUCCAGCUACAGGAGGAAGGAGAACACCUUCAAACUGAUACUGGAAGAUGGAAGCCAGUACCUGUUCUCCGCGCCCAGCCGCCAGCUGCAGCAGCGCUGGGUGGAGGAGCUGCAGGCUCUUGGGAAACCGCAGCCAAUCAAACUGAAAGAAGAAGUGAAGGAAACUGUGGUGGAUGGGCUGGUGUCAACCCCAGAGCCCCCCAUCCCUGAGUCCCACCUGGACACAAAACAGAAGACUGCUGCUGAGAGCUGUGACUCUGGGAAGGGGCCACCCCCAAAGCCUCCCCACACAUACUACAACAAACACCGAUACCCAGAGGGGGGCGAGAACAGAAGUCUGGUCUCCAGGACAACCAGCCAAUCAGAGAAUCUACCCCAGAACCCAAGCCUUCUACAGAGGCCCUCCCCUCCAACUUCUGUACCGCCUCCUCCUCCAGCCAGUCAGCUCGAGGGUGCAACCAAGGAGAAGCCAAAGAGCAAGAGCGUCUUAAAGAAGCUCUUCAAGAUGUAA